AUGCUAGACUUCCUGGCCAAUCUGCGGUCCCGCUUUGAAUACAGAUACGGUGGCGUGAAUGGAAGAAAAAUUGGGGUCAAAUUGACAUUGUGGGGGCACACCAUCUUGAUCAAGCCAGCAGGCGAGUCACCACAGGAAACCAGAGCCAAGGUUUGUCGCGAAGCUCUUGAACAGCUGCGUGUAUUCAACAUGUUGUGGAAAGUCCCACCUCAGCCCAUGGAUGGGCCCACGGACUCCUCCUGGGACUGGAUGAAGAUUCUUGAAGGGUAUCAGCCUUACAGUAAUAACGGCAGGAAAUGGUACUGUGACCUUUACGUCAACGGAAAGCCCUAUCGUAUCACGAAACCAGUCUCGUCGCGUGAUGAGGCAGAAAACACUGUUGCUCACUUGGCAGUGCAUGAAAUUAUGAUUGAAAAAGGCAGCGACAUCCAGAUCCUUCCUUAUGCUCAGCCCCAGGAAUCCUCGAUUCUGGUAACUCUCCCCGUCCAGAAGCAAAUUGCCUCAUUUCUUCGCGCAAACACCGCUGCCCCGAAGAAGAGUGGCCCUACCGCUGCGAAUCAAUACGCGGGGGUCAAGAAGCCGAAUGCUAAGCCCAAAUCUACUGCUCCUGCUAAGCCCCAGCCUACGAAUACCAGAGUAUCCAGAAGCAGGGGUGCAAAGAAGAAGGCUCAAAACGCUCAGAAGCUUCAACAGGCAGCCUCUACUCAGUCCGAUAUGCCAGCUCAGCCCAAUGCUCUUGCCCAGCUCAACGCUCCUGCUCAGUCCAAUGCCUCGGAGGCCAGCAAUGUAAAUGAUCACGAUUGCCAUGCUUCUGUUUCAAACAUGGUUCCUGUAGCUGGUACUCGAUUUGUACCUAUUGAGGCACAGGACAGACCCGUCGAUGAUCCCUUGGCAACACUGAAGGCUAUUGCGAAUAUUUUCAGUACAUUGGACCAUGAAGCUUCCAUCACCAUGAUCAUGCAAACUCCGGUGAUGCCUGCUCAGGCACGCGCAGUGGUUGCUCAUUUCAAUGGUGCUCACCCAUAUCUGAAUCGUGCCAGCCCCAUUCAUCUGGCAUACGUUAUCACCUCCAAUGAUGACUCUGCUAUGGCCCUCGGGGUCAAGCAUUUGAUUCUCUACAUCCUGAAUAUAGCAAAAGAGGAUGCCGGCCUAGAUGAUUGUGGAUAUCCCAAGGAGCUGGGCGUGCUACAAGCACUGGAGGACGAAUGCAACGCCACCCUGGAAACACUUGAAAUUCAGGAUGAAGUUUUCAUCCUUUGA